CAUGAUGGCUUCCCGACAGAUUUUCGUGCUGCUGAUAGCAGCUGUCUUGUGCAAUCACGUGAUGGGCAAACCCUUGAAGACGAAGGACGAUUGUUCCUUCGCCAGACGGAAACCCUCAGUCGGAAUAUUGCGCAUCCGUUAUUUCCUGUUUGGCGAUGAUUCCAUAAGUCAAGAGGAGCUGGAACUUUCCGAUCUUUUCGAUCAAGAACCGACUGCUGGACGAGACAAGAUUCCCCCGUCAGGUACUAACGAGAAGAUGCGUCCGACAGAUCAAAUGGGCCAGCCGAAUCAGCCGAUGCGCCCGGGCAAUCAGAUGGAAAAUCAACCAACGACAAAGCCACCGGUACCGAAUCAAGGUGAAUCGGAAGGCCAGCAAAUCAAUCCACAAAAUCCGGAAAUACUUCCUGUAAAUCCACCGAUGGUCGAUCCUUCCAACACCGGUGUUCCAUUGCCGGAUGAGUCGGUGAACCAACUGGAGCAACAACCACAAAUUAAAAAUCCUGAUCCUUUAAAUCCAAAUCCACCUGGACAGUCGACCCAAAUGAGGGAGCCCAUCUCUGAAUUCAAGGAUCGCAAUCAGGAACCGUUGGAACAACUAAAUACGCCCAAGAUUCUACAACAACCAAAAUCCCAGCAACCCCAACAGCAACCAUUCCCGCCUCAGCAACAACCUCAACAGCCUCAGCAAGAAUUGCAACAACUUCAACAACAGCUCCAACAGGGUCAACCGCAACAACCUCAACAACAACCCCAACAAGAAUUCCAGCCUCAACAACAACAACUUCGAGCAACGGAAAGAAGAAAACGAUGGCAACCACCUUUCCGUCAAGUUCCUUCCGAUUACGACGAUUCGUAUCCCCGUUACGAGAGGGACUUCCUCUAUCCCCGUUCCGGAGGGAUUUUCAGACAAGCCGACGACACUCAGCGUUCCUUUGACGGCACAAGGCCAGCGACUAACACCAACACGGACUUGCACGUGCUAGACGACAGGUCCGGCUUCCUACGGCCAAGAAACGACGGUGGUGGCGUCGACAUCGACUUGAAUGUGUGAAAAGAACUGGAUCAGAAUUUCUAAAAUAACUUCUUGUACUGUUGCUUCUUCAAUUUUAUAUCUACUCUUGUUUUUUUGUUAUUAUUCGUUUAUCUCGAUGUAACGGGUCGUGUUUCAAUAUACUUCUUGAUAGUU